AUGGAUGUGCCUAGCCACAGCCACAGAUGUGAAAUAUUUCCCAGCCUCCAGCAGGGCCCUGCUGAGUCUGGAGACCAUACAUCUGUAGUGGUCUCAAUGUGCAUAACCGUGUUAGCCCACAAUCGUGUGAGCACCGAGAAGACUUGCACUGACCAAGGAUCCCAUCCAAGAUACCACUGCAUUCAGUUGUCAUGUUUCCUUAGGCUCCUCUUAGCUGUCAUAGUUUCUCAGGCUUUCCUUGUUUUUGAUGACAUUGACAGUUCUGAGGAGUACUGGUCAGAAGGAGGCCCGCCUCCCGCAGCGGAAGAUGCGGCCGAGGAGGAGGCGGCGGCGGCGUGCUCCCGCGGUCCGAAGCGGCGGCAGGCUGCAACGGGCCGGCGGCGCGAUGAGCUGGGCUGCCGCCCCCGGCUCGGGGCUCGGGGCUCGGGGUGGGGCGGGGGGUGGGCGGCGGCGGGCGGCCCACGCUUCUCCUCAGCGGCGGCGGCGGUGGCCAUGCGCAGGACUGGGCGGCCGGGGCCGCCUCCCGUGGACCCGCGGCCUGAGGGCCCCGCCGCCGCCGCCCCUGCCCCGAGGCCGCCGGCGCUGCCUCCCGCGUUCGCGGGGCCCAGCGUGAGCCUCUACCUGAGCGAGGACGAGGUGCGCCGGCUCAUGGGUCUUGUUGCAGAACUUUAUUAUGUGAGAAAUGAUCUUAUGAGUCACCACGCCCUAUCCUUUAACCUGUUAGUACCCAGCGAGAGAAAUUUCCUGCACUUCACUUGGCAUGCAAAGUCCAAGGUUGACUGUAAGCUGGGAUUCCAAGUAGACAAUUUCGUGGCUAUGGACAUGCCCCAGGUCGACAUUUCUGCUCAGGGGGAAGUUCCACGCACUUUAUCAGUGCUUCGGGUCGAGCUUUCCUGUACUGGCAAAGUAGAUUCUGAGGUUAUGAUUCUAAUGCAGCUCAAUUUGACAGUAAAUUCUUCAAAAAACUUUACAGUCUUAAAUUUUAAACGAAGGAAAAUGUGCUGCAAAAAACUUGAAGAAGUAAAAACGUCAGCCUUGGACAAAAACACUAGCAGAACUAUUUAUGAUCCUGUACAUGCAGCUCCAACCACUUCGCCGCGUGUGUCUUAUAUCAGCGUAGGGGUUUGCUGUGCAGUAAUAUUUCUUGUAGCAAUAAUAUUGCUUCAUAGUAUGAAAAGGAUUGAACUGGAUGACAGCCUCAGUGCCAGCAGUAGUUCCCAAGGGCUGUCUCAGCCAUCUAACCAGACGACUCAGUAUCUGAGAGCCGACACACCCAACAAUGCAACUCCUAUCACCAGCUCCUCGGGUUAUCCCACCUUGCAGAUAGAGAAGAAUGACCUGAGAAGUGUCACUCUUUUGGAGGCCAAAGCUAAGGUGAAGGAUAUCGCAAUAUCCAGGGAGAGGAUAACUCUAAAAGAUGUACUCCAAGAAGGUACUUUUGGGCGUGUUUUCCAUGGGAUUUUAGGAGAUGAAAAAGAUCCAAAUAAGGAAAAACAAGCAUUUGUAAAAACAGUUGAAGAUCAAGCUUCUGAAAUUCAGGUGACAAUGAUGCUCACUGAAAGUUGUAAGCUACGAGGUCUUCAUCACAGAAAUCUUCUUCCUAUUACCCAUGUCUGUAUAGAAGGAGAAAAGCCCAUGGUGAUAUUGCCUUUCAUGAAUUGGGGGAAUCUUAAAUUGUUUUUACGGCAGUGCAAAUUAGUAGAGGCCAAUAAUCCACAGGCAAUUUCUCAACAAGACCUGGUCCACAUGGCUAUUCAGAUUGCCUGUGGAAUGAGCUAUCUGGCCAGAAGGGAAGUCAUCCACAAAGACCUGCCUGCUAGGAACUGUGUCAUUGAUGACACACUUCAAGUUAAGAUCACAGACAGUGCCCUCUCCAGAGACUUGUUCCCUAUGGACUAUCAUUGUCUGGGGGACAACGAAAACAGGCCAGUUCGGUGGAUGGCUCUUGAAAGUCUGGUUAAUAAUGAGUUCUCCAGUGCUAGUGAUGUGUGGGCCUUUGGAGUGAUGCUGUGGGAGCUCAUGACCCUGGGCCAAACGCCCUACGUGGACAUCGACCCGUUUGAGGUGGCCGCGUACCUGAAAGAUGGUUACCGAAUAGCCCAGCCGAUCAACUGUCCUGAUGAACUAUUUGCUAUGAUGGCUUGUGGCUGGGGCUUAGAUCCGGAGUAGAGGCCCAAGUUCCAGCAGCUGGUCCAGUGUCUCACAGAGUUCCAUGCAGCCCUGGGGGCCUACGUCUGACUCCUCGCACAGUCCCCCAGCGUCAGGAGGAAGGAGCCUGCCAGGGCUCACUUGC